AAAUGCCAGUAAAGGAACUAUGAGCGUAUGCUUGGACGCCAUGUCGUAAUCGAAUUCUGGCCAUGAGCCGUCUCGUUGUAAACUAUCCCUUUAAAGCCCGUUUCAGGCUACACGUUAAUUUUCGAGAACAGUACCAGGGAAAACAUUAUCAGCUUGAAACUAGCCACCAGACAGAGGCUUUUGGCACCUCUAAAAUGGGUCAUCUAAUAGAGUUACUCAAACCUGUCGAUAAGAAAAAUCGUAUUCUCGAGAGGAGAUGGGAGAAACACGAAAAAGAAAAAGAGAAAAUAAAGGCAACCUUUGAUGGUAAUGGUUUAAAAUUUCAUGUGGAAUGUGCUACAAAAUAUAAGACAGCCUACCCACUGUGGUUUGGCCCCCUGCGAUCAGCACUGGUCCUCUGUCACCCAGACUCUAUCAAGACUGUCCUCUCCAGUCAUACCCCAAAGGAGGAAUUUGUGUACAGUCUAGUUGUACCAUUCACUGGAAACAGUCUCAACAUUGUGAAUGGAAAAAGAUGGCACCAAAUGAGGAAGCUUUUGACUCCAGCUUUUCAUGCAGAAAUCUUGAAGCCAUACACAAAAAUAUUCCAAGAGUCCACCAAAACCUUAUUGGACAAGUGGUCUCAGAAUCCACUCAAAAUGGAAUGCUUUCAUGACAUUGGCUUAAUGGCACUUGACUCUACUCUGAAGUGCACCUUUUGUUUUCAAAGUAAUUGUCAAACAAAUUUAACACAAGAUACAUUUACAAGAAGUGUCACUGAAAUUUCCAAAGCCCUCAUCAAAAGGCUGAUUACACCCAUGCUACACCCAGACUGGAUUUUCAGGUGGACAAAAGAUGGAAGAAGGUUUUACCGUCACUGCACCGCAGCCCAUCGUAAAGCUGAGGAAAUAAUACGAAACAGACGGAAGGCUCUUCAGGAGAACGAAGAGAGCUUCUAUGGAAAGAAACAUCUGGAUAUGGUUGACAUUGUGCUUGCAGCUAAGGAUGAAGACGGAAAUGGCUUAUCCGAUGAAGCGAUACGAGCGGAAGUGGUGACAUUUUUCGCGGCGGGUCAAGAUACAGUAGCUGCCGCGAUUUCUUGGACACUGUACAACCUUGCCUUAUACCCUGAGUGGCAAAAAAAAUGUCAGGACGAAGUUAAAGAAGUUUGCAGUGGCAAAAACGAACUUGAAUGGGAUGACCUGUCUCAGCUCAGAUGUGUGACCCUUGUAAUCAAGGAGAGCAUGAGGCUGUAUCCACCUUUCCCAAUGUUCAGUCGCACCUUGGACAAGUCAUAUGAGAUCGCUGGCAAACUAGUGCCUCAAGGAACUUGGAUCAUGAUCAACGCAUAUGCUUUACAUCACAAUCCACAUGUGUGGGAAGAUCCGGAGACAUUUGAUCCACUGCGAUUUACUGUUGAAAAUAAAGAGGAGCGAUCGCCGUAUGCUUACAUACCAUUUUCUGCUGGACCAAGAAACUGCAUUGGAAUGAAUUUUGCAAUGGCUGAGAUGAAAGUAGCCGUCGCGAUGAUUCUGCGGAGAGACCUUUUCCCGGAGAUAAUGUUGCGCACAAGGAAAGGAAUUCGUUUGAAUUUAACACCACGGAUUUACACAUAACCAGGGAAUUCUGUUACUGUGACAGCACAACGCACUUACUUUUUCGGAAGAUGCCUUGUUAUUACAGCAUAAUCAGUAUAAUCAUAAUCUGGAGUAGCGGGGGCGCAGCCAGGACUUUUCAAAGGGUGGGGUUACGCUGUGUCAAACAGGGCGUACAAUACUAACCGAUUUUCGACACCGGAAUAUUGUAGGUUGUUUCCUUGAAAAAGGCUCACAAAGGGGGAAUCACGAGCACCCCAGACCCCCCCUCCCCUUGUUACGUCCUUGACAGUCCAGGAAAGCUAUGAAGCUAUGAUUGGUCGCAUGUUCAGUUCCAGUUACUUUUUUGCGGGAGUGGACGUAAAGUGACUCACUCUUUUGAUAGUAAUCACGGUUAAAGCCCUAUUCAAAUGGUUUUCUCGCCAAGCAUAGUAUUUUUUAAUGUAAGGCUCUCGACUAGUGAAGACGAGCGCAAAAUAAGGCGAGUUCUUUCCCAGACUUCGCCAUUCACUUUUCGCCGCUUUUCGACUAAUCAAUCGAGAGCCUGGCUCAAGCCAUUAUAAUAUACUAGAGUCGGGCAAGGAUAGUAAGUUGUCCUUACCGCCAUGAGAUUUGCUUAAAGUUAAUGCACACAACCUUUGACUAAAACCGAAAACUUUGUUGUGGAUUGGAAAAGAUGCUGUUUUUGAACAUUAAUAACUGAAAAUAUCAGAUAUUGCAUAUUGUGAUUUUCUACACCACAAGAGAGAUAUUUUACUCUUUUCAUAUCUGAUUGUAAUUCUUUUUGUGAAAGUAUUUGCUACAUAUUUAUCAGUAUUACUGUAUUUAUUGUUGUAACUAUAUUACCUAACCAUUGUCACGUUCCCUUUGAAUAUAUUGUUUGACUAUA